AUUAUCUGGAUAAGGGAAAUUUAUUUUAUUUCCUAUUUUCUGUUUUCUGCGAUUCGUAGAGUGUGGCUCUGCCUGGCGCCAUGGCUGGGAUCACCGGCAGCACCAUCUCGUUCAACGCCAUCGUCGCCGGAACAACCAAAACGGUGUCGCAUCACCCAUUCUCUGUUAACUCCAAGCUCUUCGGUUGUCGACUCUAUCUGCCUGAACUAUCAGUUAUUACUCUCUCGCCUUAUCAUCGCCGUUUCCUCGCCAUCACCUGCCGUUACGGAGGCGGCGGCGGCGGAGGCUCAAGAUUCACAGGAGAUAGGCGUGGUAGGCAGAAAGAAUCCGAGGAUGACGAUGCGCUUGAUAUCUCAGCUAUUAGGUCAGCUACUGUCAGGCUCAUUGAUGGGCAACAGAACAUGAUUGGUAUAGUUUCCAAGGAGGAAGCUGUUCGAAGAGCUGAAGAAGCUGAGCUUGAUCUGGUGAUUCUUUCGCCCGAUGCAGACCCUCCGGUUGUUAGAAUGAUGGAUUAUAGUAAAUAUAGAUACGAACAGCAAAAGCGAAAAAAGGAACAGCAAAAGAAAACUACUCGCAUGGACUUGAAGGAGCUUAAAAUGGGUUAUAACAUUGACCAGCAUGACUAUUCUGUACGCAUGAGAGCAGCCAGGAAGUUUUUGCAAGAUGGUGACAAGGUUAAAGUGAUUGUGAACAUGAAAGGCAGAGAAAACGAGUUCAGAAAUAUUGCUAUUGAGCUCCUCAGACGUUUUCAGACUGAAAUAGGAGAGCUUGCAACUGAGGAAAGUAAAAACUUCCGGGACAGAAACUUGUUUAUUGUCUUGGUGCCAAACAAGGAAGUUGUUCGGAAAGCACAAGAACCAUCCCCAAAGAAGAAGAAAAAGCCAGCUGAUGAUGAAGUUUCCGCUGCAGGUAUAACUGCAACUUAAGAUAUAUGAUGUACAAUUGUGUGAAGGUAUAAUGUCUGGUCAUGACAGGAGAGUUUGAUAAAUGUCUGUAUAGUUCCUUUUCUACUAUGCUUCUUGCAUAUUCCCAUGUAUCUAUAACCAUAGAAAGUAUUCGAAAAAUUUUCGUAUA